AUGUCCGAUAUCACUCCGCCUACACCGACACCUGCAGAGAAGGAGCGAAGGCCGAGUAUGGCCGGAAAAUUCUGGAGAGGAUUGAACGAUCGCAUCGAUGACGUCGCCGAAUCAUACAUUGGCUUUCUUGACAGCACCGGCGCCGCCAUCAGCACUGCAACGAAUGCGUUCACCGGCACCUACACAUUGCGGAAUCCCAGCGUUGCCGGCCCCAAUGGCCGAAAACCGAGCGUCUCCCCUCAGGAUAUCCGGAAACCCAGUAUUGUCUCCUAUCAUGGAGAUCCGGAUACCGAUUCCCUAGACAGUGACGAACCGCUCAAGAAGCCGCCAUCAGCACCCCCAGUACGAAGGGCAUCCGUGGCACCUGAGGACAAAGGUAGGUCCUUCUCGCUCUUCGGGCGCAAAGAGACCGUCGUCAAAGGUCCGGCUACGCCGCCGCUCAUGCAUCAGGAGAAGUUCAUGCCCGUCGAGAACGAUGAUCGAGCAUCAUUGGUUUCUGCAACUUCGUCGGAUAUGGAUAAGAAGGAGCCUGAAGAUCGUCCAAGUGAGGGUCUCUGGGUUGACGCGAUCCGACACGAAAUGAUGAUGGAAUUCAUCCAGAGUGCAUGUGAGAACCAUGGGUGGACGGUGGCUAACCCGUUGACGGGACAAAUGGAACCUGAUCGUGGUGUCAUUCUUCGUGUCGGUCGUGGUGAGUGGAAGUGUGCUCUACCUUCUACGACUGGUUCCACGUAUCACUCAAUGAUCGCUGCCAUGAACGUUGAAGUCGCCUUGACUAUCGACUCCAAACUCGUCAAGAAGAUUCUUCAGAAGCUUCCUCAAAGCUCAACUGAUGUGCCUCUCCUUGAUGGUACGAAAUAUCAGAUCAUCGACACCAUGUCAGAUCUGACACGUGCCCGAAAGCACCAGUACUCUGCUUUCAUUCGCGACGAGCAGAUCCUUGUGGUUUGGGCUGAUGCUGCGGAUGAAAUCCUUCAUCGUGCCGAUGAAAUGGAGCAGCGCCUUCUGCAGCUCGUUUGGGGUGCGGGCAGAAUCGAGAAUUUGCUCAAAGGUGCCAACGGAAAGACACCAGUCAUUGAGGAGCUCGACCUUGAGAAAGGUGACGAGUACUAUGACGAGGACGGUGAAUAUAUCCCGGAAGUGAAGCGUCGGGUUAUUCUCAUCAACCCUAUCUGCGUCUCGAUCACUCUCGCCCUUAUCAUUAUGGUCCUCGGAGCUGGUUGGCGUCAAUUGGCAGGAGAGAUCGUUGUCGAUCACUCGUACGUCCGUCUCUUGCUUCUCAUUCUCACACCCAUCGAAGUCUUCUUCACUCUUUUCUUCAUGCAGGUCAUCGUUGGAUGUUUGUUGCAGAUCUUCGGUCCGAUUCAGCAGAUGAACAUCAACUCCAAGUACUACUCCGGUAUCAGGCCUCGACGCCUGAAGGAUGUACCUCUCCCUCACAUCACCAUCCAGUGUCCUGUCUACAAGGAGUCCCUGACUACCGUCAUUGAUCCCACGGUACGUUCGGUCAAGCAGGCAAUGUCGGCAUACGAGUUGCAAGGCGGUUCUUGCAACUUGUUCUAUAAUGAUGACGGCCUUCAGUUGAUUUCGGAGGAAGACCGUCAGGCACGUAUGGAAUACUACCAAGAUCAUGGCAUUGGCUGGGUUGCUCGUCCGGCUCAUGGUAAAGAUGGUUUCCUUCGUCGUGGACGAUUCAAGAAAGCCUCAAACAUGAACUUUGCCAUGAUGAUUAGUAACAAAGUCGAGGAGGUCUUGGAGCAAGUCGAACGUCCUGAAGGGUGGUCUGAUGUCGAUGAACAGAAAGCUUAUGAUGAUGCGCUCCGAAGGGUCGUCGACGAAGAUGGACGCGCAUGGGCUGCCGGCGAUAUCCGCAUUGGAGAUCUCAUUCUCAUCAUUGACUCUGACACUCGUGUCCCUGUUGACUGCUUGCUCGAUUCUGCUUCGGAGAUGACGCAGUCACCUGAGAUUGGUGUUCUUCAAUACGCCUCUGGUGUCAUGCAGGUUUCGUUUGACUUUUUCGAAAAUGGUAUUACGUUCUUUACUCAACUUAUCUACACAGCUAUUCGUUACACUUGUGCCAACGGUGACGUGGCUCCCUUUGUGGGGCACAAUGCCGUGCUCAGAUGGGAAGCCAUCCAGCAAGUAUCCUACAUGGAUGAGGAUGGUUACCCCAAGAUUUGGUCCGAGUCUCACGUCUCGGAAGAUUUUGACAUGUCUCUGCGUCUACAAAUUCUCGGUUAUACGAUCCGCCUAGGUGGAUAUACCGGAGACGGCUUCCAAGAAGGUGUCUCGUUAACGGUAUACGACGAGUUGGCUCGUUGGGAAAAAUACGCCUACGGAUGUAACGAAUUGCUGUUCCAUCCGCUUCGUCUUUGGUUCACUAAAGGACCGUUCACUCCUUUGUUUCGCACUUUCUUUUUCUCCAACAUUCGUUUCACUUCCAAAGUCACUAUUAUUUCAUACAUCGGAACUUACUACGCUAUCGGAGCCGCUUGGAUCUUAACCAUUGCAAACUACUUUGCCAUCGGCUGGUACAAUGGAUAUCUCGACAAGUGGUACGUUGAUUCGUGGAAAGUGUGGUUCUCCUUGGUUAUCGUCUUCAACGGUCUUGGAAAUGUCGCUCUUGCGAUUAUGCGAUACCGUAUCGGUGAGCGUACCUUCCUGUAUGCUUUCUACGAAAACUUCAAGUGGAUUUUCAUGCUUGCUAUCUUCCUUGGAGGUUUAUCCUUGCACGUUUCUGCUGCCCUGUUGUCUCACAUGCUCGAGUACAACUUGCAGUGGGGUGCUACAGGAAAGGAAGUCACUAUCACUAACUUUUGGAUUGAGUUGCCGAAGAUUCUGAAGCAGUUCAAGUACAGUUUUCUUUUCGGUCUCCUUUCCAUCAUCACCAUGUGUAUCAUGGCGAGUCCAGUGAUCCCCUAUCAAUGGAGGAUCACAGACUUCAUUGCCAUUGUGCCUCUGAGUACUGUGAUUUCCAGUCACUUGCUUAUGCCUUUGGUGUUGAACCCUGCUAUUACGUCUUUCAUCGAAGCCUUGGUCAGCCUCGGUGCGGACGCUGUCAUAGUUGGCAGACGUCAGAACAUCCUCGAUAAAGCUGCCAGUGAGAUUGCUCAGCUUCGCUAUGGAGCACGUGUGAUUGGGAUUGCUGCGGACGUUCGUGAUGAUCAGUCCUUGAAAGCUGCGGUGGAUCGCGCUAUUGAGCAGUUCGGGCGACUCGAUCUCCUCAUCUGCGGUGCGGCCGGUAAUUUCCUCGCUCCGGUUGAUAAUCUAAGUGCCAAUGCUUUCAAGCAAGUGGUUGCAAUUGAUUUGCUCGGGACGUUCAACACAGUGAAAGCGGCUAUACCUCAUCUGAAGAAGACGAAAGGCAAAAUCCUCUUUGUUAGUGCUACACUUCAUUAUACGGGUGUUCCCUUCCAGAGCCAUGUCGCCGCCGCCAAGGCUGGAAUAGAUGCAUUGGCCAAAAAUCUGGCGGUCGAGUACGGUCCUUGGGGAAUCACGACCAACGUUAUUGCGCCUGGGCCCAUCGGCGAAACAGAAGGCAUGUCAAGAUUAUUGCCACAAGAACUUAAAGAUAAGGCAGAUUCCGCCAUACCCAUGCAACGAAUGGGCAGGAUUCAGGACAUUGCAGAUGCAACCGUUUUCUUGUUCAGCGAUGCUGCUCAAUGGAUCAAUGGCGCGAUUUUAGUUGUUGAUGGAGGAGCCUGGCUCAGAGAUCAGAGCGGUCCACUUCCGUACCCGCAAGCUGUGCUCGAGCCUGCCAAGGCACUCGAAGGCAUGACUGUUGCUGGAGCGAAAGGUGCCAAGAAAGGCGGCGCAAAGUUAUGA